ACCGCACGCCUCGCUGGCACUCCUCCACGUUGACCUUCUGCGCGCCUCUUGAAGCUCCGCCUUCUCUCCCCCUCCGUUGUUGUCGUGCCCGCUGCCAGCCGCCGCCCUGCCAACCUCUCCCUCUCUACUGCGCCCCACGCCGCCCGUGGCCAGCAGACCGUGACGCUCUACCUGACACGGGCUUCUCCACCACGCUCGAAGCCCGGAUCUCGCAGCACGCCCCCCUCAGGGCCGCGGAACACGGCUGCUCAAUCUCGCUUCGUCUCAGCCAGGUUCCGGCAUCGCCAGCCUGCCAACCACACCCGGCUCGACGACGACACUAUCGACGGCGGUGAUAACGGCGAGCUUCCCCUCGCACCUGCGCCUUGGCAGCUUCCCCGAGCAGAGCAAGAAGAGCAGCCUGAGGACCAGGACAGCCACCGCCCCCGAUGGCCUACACAACCACCUACCACGAGGAUUCGGACGCCGACGACGAGUACGAGCGCAGCGUCAUCACCUCGCCCACCCUGCCGCCCGAUUUCGAGGGGAGCUCCCCCACGAGCUCCGGCCCGCCGUCGACCGAGCACACGCCGACGACGUUUACACAUUCGCGCGAUAGCCAUGGCUCGCCGACGGGGUUGAUAUCGCAGUGGUCGGCGGAGCAGUGUGCGGACUUUAUAUCGAGUCUGGGCCUGACGCACUAUGCCGAGACGUUUGUUGAUGAGGGGAUCACCGGCGAUGCGUUGAUUGCACUGCAGCAUGCGGAAUUGAAGGAGAUGGGCUUGACGAGUGUGGGGCAUCGCCUUACUAUUCUGAAGGCCGUAUAUGAGAUCAAGGUCAAGCAGAAUGUGGCCAUAGAGCCGGAUCAUUAUAUACCGCUCUCUGCGGAUACGACGGUGCAGGACGUUGCUCCUACCCAGGACGAUAUAGCCCGGAUUAUACAUAUCAUCCAGGCGAGAGACGAGCGGAUACAUAUUGCGGAGUCGGAGCUACGACAUCUCAAGGACGACUUGAAUAGGGUGGCCGAGGAAAAUCGGAAACUGAGGGAAGAGGUGCUUCCACUCGUACGGAUGGCGAAGGACAGAUCACAGCCUCUGCCAACGCCAGACGACCACCUCACAGCACUCGCUUCACCACCUCCACCGGAACCCUCGCGGGCAGGAAGCAGCCUGUCUCGGAAGUUCUCUACAAAAAAGCUAUUUCUGGGAUCAGCACCGAAGAACCCCUCACCUACCAUCCACGAAAACCAGACUCUAGUCGACAACUCGUCACUAAAUCCCUCAGCAGCCGCAAUGGCCGCCUCGUCACACCUCACAGCAUCCAUGACUGGCCAGUCCGUCAUGUCGCCGAGCCAACCACCACAACCCUCGCCCACUUCUCCCGCCUACUCAACACUAAACCAGAACUCCGCGCGCUCCUUCAACCGCUCCGACAUGCCUCGCAGCGCCCAUCCAGACCACGAACCCACCCUCAACUGGCCCAACUCCUCUACCUGGAGCGCCGGCUCCACCAUCGUCGGCGAUCGCGACACCCUCCGCAACCCAACGCCCGCCCCGCUCUCCUCCCGCCCCAUGCGCUCCGCCACCACCCCGGCGCCAGACGCCGACCGCGAACCGCCCUUAUCCGCCAACUCUCUCAACACGUCCACCUCGACGCUCCAAUCCUCCACCCCUUCCUCCGCAACCGCCACCUCGAGCAACAACCCCCAGGUCGAGAUCUUCAAAUCCUUCCGCGUCAGCAUCGACGACCCCUGCCACAAGGUCCUACCGGUGGCACUAAAGAAAUACAACAUCACGGCCGACUGGCGGCAGUACGCGUUGUACAUCGUGCACGGCGACCAGGAGCGGUGUCUGGGCUUGAACGAGCGGCCGCUCAUCCUGUUCAAGCAGCUGGAUAAGGAGGGCCGCAAGCCGAUGUUUAUGCUGCGCAAGCACGCGGCGCCGGUCGAGGGCCAUGUCAGCACGGUGGGCAGUGGGCAGCAGAUGCCUGUGCAAGCUGGGAGUGGUGGCGGAGGCGGGUUUGGGUGGGAUGGGGGCAGUCGCGGGGCGGUGCAGUUGCCGGGUGGGGUGCUGUGA